ACGAGUAACACCAGAUGCCCUUUCCUUGCUAGCUGGCAGCCUCUGGGGUGGUGUGGAAACAUUGUCAUCGUGACUUGAUGUUCAAAAACAAAAAGAAAGAAAGGGGAGAAAAACAAAAGAAAAAAGAAGAGAGGAGGAAAGUAGUUGAGAAAAAGAGGAAAAGUCAGAGAAGGUGAAAUAUCAGACUCUGAACGGUAGGGCCAAAGUGGAGGGAGCCUAGCGCUUCGGUGCACCUGCCAGUGAACACCUUUGGCUGAUCCACGUCUGGCUGUGUGUGUGUUUUGACCGGCUGUGAUGUCAAGAGGAGGAGGUGUGGCCACCUUGGGGGCAGGUAGAUAAAGGAUUCAAACUAAACAGGAUCCCCCAGUUCUGAGACACAAGGCGGCGGCAGAAACACUAGGGCCAGAUAAUGACAUGGACCUAGGGGCUCUUCAAAACAACCUCAACUGCACUGUGGACAAUGCUUAUGAGGACGAUCUGAAAUCUGGCCGUACCAGCACCCUUUCAAAUGCCAACCCUGCUUGCAACGGUGAGCAAGUGGAUCUCCUGACGGGGAGUGAUGCCGUCAAACGUUCUCAACCACUGUUCAUCCAAGCCAGCAGGAAGCUGAAGGAGGAGGAGGAACCCCGUGCCUUAUCCCUUCCUUCUAUCCCAAACCCUUUCCCAGAACUCUGCAGCCCUUCCAACUCACCCAUCCUCAGCAGCCUCUCCCUGGGACCUGGAUCACCCCGAGAAGGUGGCUCUCAUGUGGUCAAGGUCUACAGCGAAGAUGGUACUUGCCGCUCUUUGGAAGUCACGGCAGGAACCACAGCACGUCAUGUCUGUGAGAUGCUGGUACAGAAGACCCAAGCCUUGCAUGAUGACUGCUGGUCCCUGGUAGAGGUCUAUCAGCACUUGGCUCUCGAGCGGUAUCUGGAAGACCAUGAGUCAGUGGUGGAGGUUCAGGCCACGUGGCCCGUUGGAGGGGACAGUAGGUUUGUCUUCCGGAAGAACUAUGCCAAGUAUGAGCUGUUCAAGAGCUCACCGCAGUCACUCUUCCCUGAAGUCAUGGUCUCCAGCUGCCAAGAUGCAGCCGACAAAGGCAUGUCCCACUCAGAAAUCGUCCAGAAUGUUCUAAAUUCAGGCAGCUGCCCUGAAAUCCAAGGCUUCCUGCACUUAAAAGAAGUUGGGCGUAAAGUAUGGAAAAGGUUUUACUUCUCUCUACGGCGCUCAGGGCUCUAUUACUCAACAAAAGGCACAUCAAAAGACCCACGGCACUUACAGUAUUGUGUUGACAUAAAUGAAUCCAAUGUCUACUACAUUACCCAAGGCAAGAAACAGUACAGCACCCCAACUGAGUUUGGUUUUUGCAUCAAGCCCCACAAGACACGCAGCGGGGCAAAAGGCCUGAAGCUCUUCUGCAGUGAAGAUGAGCAAAGCCGCACGUGUUGGAUGGCUGCCUUCCGCCUCUUUAAGUAUGGCAUACAGCUCUACAGGAACUACCAACAGUGUCAGGCACGGCAAAGGGAACCAACCUGGAUUGGCACUGCACCUCUGCGGAGUGUAUCAGAUAAUACCUUGGUGGCCAUGGACUUCUCUGGUUGCACAGGCCGUGUUAUCGAGAACCCCAAUGAGGCACUGUCAGUAGCCCUGGAGGAAGCUCAGGCAUGGAGGAAGAAGACCAUUCACCGAUACAGUCUUCCCACUCAGUUACAGAGCUCUCCGCUCAGUACUGUCAUUCACAGAACCCAGCCAUGGUUUCAUGGGCACAUUUCUAGAGAAGACACACAGCGCCUUAUAAUCCAGCAGGGGCUGGUGGAUGGAGUAUUCCUGGUACGGGACAGCCAGCGGAAUCCCAAAGGCUUUGUCUUGUCACUUUGUCACUUGCAGAAGGUGAAGCACUAUCUCAUACUUCCGAGUGAGGAAGAUGGUCGUCUCUACUACACCAUGGAUGAUGGGCAGACUCGUUUUACUGACCUGAUCCAACUAGUGGAGUUUCACCAGAUCAACCGUGGCAUCCUGCCUUGCAAGCUGAAGCACUACUGCACCUCUGUUGCCUUGUGAUAGGACAUCUUCCUACCCUUCGACCCACCACAGCCAUGGCAGGAGGGGAGAUGGUGAAGGAGGACUUUAAAAAAAACAUGAACUCUGUGCACCAGAAUCAACUCCGAUCUUACACCUGCUCCUUACUUCAGUCACACUUAUUGCAAGUGAUCCAGUAAGGCCCUGGUUUGAAUCCUCCCAUUCAUCCACUCAGCAGGAACAAUCGGAGCAUGAUCGGAAGUCACCGCAAUGACAACUCUCUACAGAAGAUGGGACACUCUUCUUAUUGACUUGUGGCUUUCACCUUACCUGGCAAAGAGGGGAAUUACACAUACCUGCUUGCAAAAUGCCCCUCUUCAUGGGAGAACUCUUUGCUUGUGUGUGCUCUGUGCCAGACUAGGAUUUUGUCACCACAUUUAAGAGAUUUUGCCACUUCAGUCCUUGCAUCUGUCUGCUCCUUAACAUGAUUCCAAAGGUUCCAUAUCUUGAGAGUUGUCCUGCAGAGCUGUCAGAGCUUUCUUGGCUUGUUUCAAACGCCUGAUCAACUGGAAGAAACAUUGGGACAAUAGCAAUCUUUGAUGUAUACCCAGGGAACUGAUUUUUCUUGGAAAUGCCUUUUUUGCUCUGUUAAUCACAACUGUCUGCCUUCAGGUAGAGAUUUUUUGGUUGCUGUCACAUUUGUUUGGCAAUGAACUCCUUGACUAGUCUCUGGUGCCAAGCAUUACAGUUUAUUCACAUGGGAAGCCCGUAGUAUGGUUUCGGGCAGCAGACUUCAUGGGGAAGUAGAGCAGAUCUUUAGCUGGGAGAAAGGAAUCCAACAGCAUGUGGGAUAAUAGUUAGGUUAUACCAACCGUUGCCCAAUCAAUAGCCAAAACCUGACCUGUAACCUCUUGCAGGCCUACCAGAUCAGGAUAGGCUAAGGGGCUUCUUAGAGGGGUGGAAUAACCCAGGCUGUUUCUACACUUCAGAAUAAUAAGCAUUGGCACCACAUUACCUGCAUGACUGAAUGCUAUGAUAUUAAGAGAUUUUGUAAUUUUGUGAGGUAUUUACUAGGCAUUGUUAGGUUUGGUCGGAAUUUUCAUAAUUCAGAAUAAAUUCGGAAAGAUUUGCUUUUUGAAGCGAUUUUGAAGUUUUUAAGGAAACCAGAAGUCCUUUUGCCCUUCCGAAGCUUUUUCCACCAUUUCUUUUAUGAAGCAGUAAGUGAGUCGGAAAUGAUUUAGCUUUUCCCUGCUUC